AUGGCUUUCGCCAUCGAAGUGCAGGGCGAGACCAACCCACUCAACCCCCAAAAUGUGCUCAAUACACUAGUGCUUGCUGCAAGCUCAUCUCAGCAGCAAGUUCGGACGGGCACUGAACAGCUUCAGAACUGGGAGAAACAGGGCAUGUACUACUCUUUUCUACAGGAAGUCUUCCUUGACCACUCCGUACCGAAUGAAGUUCGCCACCUUGCCAUCAUCCAACUGAAGAACGGCAUCGAUAAAUACUGGCGAAAGACAGCACCGAAUGCUAUCAAAGCGGAAGAAAAGGAACAUAUCAAGACCCGGGCUCUUGGGGCAGGAAUUGUUGAGCCUGCGCCGCUGCUGGCUCUCCAUAACUCGUUGAUGAUUGCCAAAAUCAUGCGAUUUGAGUUUCCUCAUGACUGUCAGGCCCGAUGCCAUUUCGUACAUCAUCUCCUCGCUCCGAUCCUCCGUCCAACCUGGAGCAAAUCCGCUCCAACUUCCCCGAACUCUCCUCAUAUUGCUACAAAUAAUCAAGGAAUUAUCGACGGCGCGAAUUCAACGAACGCGACACAAUCUUCAAUCUGCAUCGCCUGA